UUUGAUCGUGCAAGUGGAAUACAUAAAAUGGAUUCAAAAUCUAAGGAAGAAUUAAGUAUGGAACUUGUUGUCCCAAUUGAAAGUUUUAAAGGUGUAAAGUUGCCUUCAAACGGUGAUGUGCUUGGUCGGAUGCGUUUUAUAAUGGAAAAUCAACACCAGCUGCUAAAACUGUAGUAACUGAACUUCAAAUUUUUUGGGAGAAAUAUAGAAUUCCUCUAAUGCAACACUACAAUGCUGUUGUUAAGCUCCUAAAAUUAUUUAACAAAAUGCGAGCAAUUAUCAAAAAAUCUUCUCACGCAGGAGAUAAACAGAAAGAGCAAGAGUCUACUUUCAUUAAUAAUUUGGAUCGAUUGUUUGACAUUGCUCGACGAAAUGCAUUAAAUUUGAUUAAAAACGAUAAGGAUAAACAGUUCCAUAUUCUGCAAAGGGAAGUUGGAAGGCCUGGAUCUGCCUUUGCGAGAGUUAAAAAAGGCAAAAUCGAAGAACCAACAACAGAAUCAAAGCCUUCCUUGGAAUCUCAAUCAGCUACCAGCGUUUUUACUAUUGAUGGAGGAGAUGAGAAACCCUCCACUAGUAGAGCGUUUUCCGAGCGAAGUAAAUCAAAAAUAAUGACUCCUAUACUAGCUGCCACCCUAGACCGUAUUGGACUAAGCGACCGAAAUGCAAUGUAUGUUAUUUCUGCGGUUUUAACAAGUGCUGGACUAAACUUAGGUACUGACAAAGUAGAAAGAUUGCCAGUUUUGGUAUCUUCUGGAGCAAAUGUUCAGCUGCUUGGAGUCCCAAAAUUGUCUUCUGGAACUGGUGAAAGACAGGCAAACGAAGUUUGCAAAUUGAUGAAUGCAUGGGAACUAAGCGAUCGCAUCUGUGCAAUGGGAUUUGAUACAACA